GUUCUUCCCUCCUUGAUUAUUAGCCUGACUGCUACGCGACUAGAUUAGAUUCUUCAUAUUCCCACUGGUGGCAUUACCCUUGCUGAAGAACAAGAGAUGGCUCUGCACAACUUCAGUCUCGAUGAGAAGAUGGAUGAUCUGUUUCGUUGUGCUGUCAAUCCCAAUGAAAGUAUCCCCAUCUCAUCUCUCAAAAAGUUUCCUAGGGUCCUUCACUAUUUUAUCACCCAUGUGUUUCUUCCUGGUAGCCACUCGUUUGAUAUCGUCACUCGGCUAGAUCUGUGGGUGCUCGUCGAUGCCUUGGCUGAACGCAGGCUGGACUAUUCCCACUUGGUUUUUGGAUGCAUGGUCCGAGCAAGUAGCGAGGAAUACAUUGGGUGUUUGCUAUUCGGUGGUUACAUUUCCCUUUUGAUGGCCAGCCUUCAUAUUCCGCUCAAAGGUUUUGUUUUAGAAGAAGAAUCUGUCACUGUACCUAGCUUGAACAUCCUGAGGAAGUAUGCUAUCCCCCGCAGGCCUGUUACAAUGGCGGAAGAGGACAUUCUCGCCACGGCUCAGGAUGUUGCUGAUCAAGUAGAUAGAGGUCGCAAAAGGAUCCAUGGCGGGGAAGGGUAUGGUGGGAAGCAUUAGUGGGAGGGACCAAGGCUAAGUAAUCGGCUUUUGUUUUUGUGUUUUCUGUUUCUACUUUUGUUACUUAUGAUUUUACAUAACAACAGUAUUUAAAGUAUAAAAUAUUUUGUAGUCGUCUAGGCGAUGAUGAAAACUGUAAUAUGUUUUGGUGAAUUGGCAAUCAAAUUUGUUCAUGUUA